UCUAAAGUGAAACCGAGUUGGGUGAACUGACUUAAAACUUCAACUGUGAGUUGCAUCGUCGAUUGCGAGAAAACGCAGAAUGAGUAUACAUUGAAACAUCCAUAGGAACAUCUUGGAGUAUUUUGUACGAGGAUGAGUUCCUAACUCAGUGUUUUACUGGUGAGACUAAUUUACAAACUAACUUUGCAUUCACUCGUCCAGUUGACCAUUGGAGCUAAAAUGGAGCCAACUGUAACAGAAACCUAUACAUCUUUGUAUCCGAUGAACGUCACAGACUUCUCGACUCUAAACCUAACGGAGGAGGAGGAGGAGGAGGAGGGUAACUUUUCUGAUAUCCAGCUAGCUGGUACAAUCAUCGGUUCUCUUUAUAUGAUUAUCACCAUAGUUGGUAUCCUUGGCAAUGGCACUGUAAUCUACGUAGUGUUAAGGUUCGCUAAGAUGAAAACGGUCACAAACUGUUACAUUCUUAACCUGGCCGUAGCUGAUGCAGUCUUUGUGACCUUCUUGACAUUAAUGGCCGUAUCCAACUUUAUGGAAACCUACUGGAUUUUCGGUGCUUUCUUGUGUAAAGUUUACUUUGGUAUCGACAUGUUCAACAUGGUCAUCAGUGUAUGGUGUUUGACAGCUAUGAGUGUGGAUCGCUAUGUAGCUGUUUGCCAUGCCAUGAAGUCUCGAAGCUUCAGGAAUCUACCAAUCGCUACAGCUAUCAAUGCUUCCACAUGGUUGCUGUCCAUUCUGGCUGCAAUUCCGUUCGUCUAUUUCGCCAAGUUAGAACCAGGCAGCGGUAACUACGAUGUGUGUUAUCUUUACUUCGAACCCGAUCGGGUCAAAACGUCGAGCCAGAUAAUGGCCAUGUGUGUGUUUAUAUUCAACUUUGUCAUUCCGUUGACUGUCAUCAUAGUCUGCUACGCAAGCAUCACCAUGCGGCUACGAGAUAUGAACAAAAAGACAGGCAAACCGGAGAAAUCACGAAAGGUAAAUCGCCUGGUCCUGAUUGUCGUGAUCACCUUCGUCAUCUGCUGGGCUCCUUUCUACAUUGUAAAGAUUCUCUUCGUCUUUGUGGAUACCUUCAGGAGAUGGAACAAGACUUGGAUCCUCUCGGACAUAACCAUGUCGUUGACAUACAUCAACAGCUGCGCCAAUCCUUUCCUCUACGCGUUCUUUAGCGACAACUUCAGAAAGAGCUUCCGGAAGGCGUGGUUGUGCCACUCAAGAAACCAGGCUGAGGUGAGCCAGACCUCCUAUGCGAGCAGGUGGAAGUUCGGUAAGAGCGGAGGCAAGGGCAAGUUUAACAAAAAGGGGAAGCGGUUUCGUUUACACGAUGAUGAGGGAGACGACACUAAUGUUUCCGGGUAUAACAACCAGUACCCGCUCACAGCUACUGCAGUAACUUCUGUCGUUUCGGAAUCGUCCUACCCAAGGAAUGGUGAGAUGAGUCAAGUUAAUUUGGAUAAACAAGCCGUAGCGAAGGCAUAAACGGCUGUGCUGUAAAGCCAAGUCAUUCUACAAAAUUAGUAUUAAAAAGCCUUAUAAAAUCGUACACCUAGAAAAGAAAGCU